CAAAAAUGGUAUAAAAAGUAUUUUCCCGUGGGCCGGUAUAAUUAAUCGCUAUAUUAUUAGGAAUGGAUAUCGGUGAGCUGCUGGCGUUCAAGCCGGAACAGACGCCAAAGCGUCCGCACGAGGACGAGGACGAGGACUUCGAUUUGGAGGCCUCGCACGCAAAACGGGGCGAGGCCACGGAGAAAAUCAAACGCAUGCGGCGCAUCGCCGAGGCCAAGGAGUCGGCUAACUAUGGCAAACAGGGUGGAGCAUCCGGAGGAGCCACCAGCGGCUCAUCCGCCUUCGAAUUCGACCCUGAACUCACCGAGGAGGAGCGCCUGAACAUCCUCAAAUACGUGGAGAACGAGGAGGCCGACGGCGAUGUGCUGGACGAGCAGAGCCUCAAGAAACUGAUCCUCGUGUUCGAGAAGCGCAAUUUGAAGAACCAGGAGAUGCGCAUCAAGUUCGCCGACAGCGCCGAGAAGUUCAUGGACUCGGAGGUGGAGCUGCACACGGUUAUCCAGGAGCUGAAGGGCGUGGCCACGGUGCCGGAUCUCUAUCCCCUGCUCGUUGAGCUCCAUGGCCUGCACAGUUUGCUGGAGCUGCUCGCCCAUCAGAACACCGACAUAGCAGUGGCCGUGGUGGAUCUCCUGCAGGAGGUCACCGAUGUGGACAUUCUAGGCGAGAGUCAGGAGGGCGCCGAAUCCCUGAUAGAAGCCCUCAGGAAGGAGCAAAUCUGCGCCCUGCUCGUCCAAAAUCUGGAGCGUCUGAACGAGCAGGUGAAAGAGGAGGCCGACGGGGUGCACAACUCGCUGGCCAUUGUGGAGAACCUCACCGAAAUCGAUGCCGAGUUCGUCCGGGAGGCCGCCGAGCAGGGACUGCUCGCCUGGCUGCUCAAGCGGCUGCGCGGCAAGUCGCCCUUCGAUCCCAACAAGCUGUACUGCAGCGAAAUCCUCUCAAUCCUUAUACAAACCGAGAAUGAUAACCGACUGCUGCUCGGUUCGCUGGACGGCGUGGAUGUGCUGCUCCAGCAGCUGGCCGUCUACAAGCGACACGAUCCUGGUAGCAACGAGGAGCAGGAGUACAUGCAGAACCUGUUCAACUGCCUCUGUUCCGCUUUGAUGGCCCGCGAGAAUCGGGAUCGAUUCCUCAGCGGCGAAGGUCUGCAGCUAAUGAACCUGAUGCUGCGCGAGAAGAAAAUGUCCCGGAACGGUUCACUUAAGGUUUUGGAUCAUGCGAUGGCCGGUCAGGAUGGCCGCGACAAUUGCAACAAGUUCGUCGAGAUCCUCGGCCUGCGCACCAUCUUUCCGCUCUUCAUGAAAACCCCCAAGCGCAACAAGCAGCGACUGAUCUCGGCGGAUGAGCACGAGGAGCAUGUGACCUCCGUGAUUGCCUCGAUGCUGAGGAAUUGCAAGGGCACUCACCGCCAGCGAAUGCUGGCCAAGUUCACGGAGAACGAUCACGAGAAGGUCGAUCGCCUGCUGGAGCUGCACCUCAAGUAUCUGGCCAAGGUGGAGGCCAUCGACAAGGAGAUCGAUCAGCAGGCGAAGGAUCCCAGCAUUGACGAGGACGAGGAGGCGGAGAACAACUACAUAAAGCGGCUAACAGGAGGGCUAUUCACCCUGCAGCGCAUCGACUACAUCCUGCUGGAGGUCAGUGCCACCGGCGACACCGUCAAACAGCGCGUUCUACAGAUCCUUAACUUGCGCGGCGCCUCCAUGAAAACCAUUCGCAGCAUUAUGAGGGAAUACGCUGGCAACUUGGGCGAUGGCGACACUGACUGGCGGGAACAGGAGCAGACCCACAUACUAUCUCUAGUCGAUCGUUUCUAAGGCUUAACACACAAUAAACAAAACAGUAAUCUUACAAAAUGAAAA